AUGGAUCCUGAGGUGGAGCUGCAGGAGCAGGAAUCGAAUUUUGCUCCUGCGAUGAUUCCGAUACAUGGGAACUACUCCCUGAAUGAACUCGCUUCCGAGAUGCCGAGAUUUGAGCCUUUGGAUUAUGCCAUUCUAAAUCCCUCUGGAGAAAAUUAUCUAGAAUGGGUAAUGAACACUUCAGUUGUCCUGAAAUCAAGAGGACUCGGAAGGAAUAUCAUUCAGUAUGAUUAUGCAACUAGAAGUGAAAAGUUAAGAGCCAUAACAAUUAUGCGCCAUCAUCUCACUGAGGAUCUAAGAAAUCAAUAUCUAAAUAUUGAGAAUCCUCGUGACCUUUGGAAAAAAUUAAAAUCCAGAUACACAAUGGUGUUAUUACCAAAGGUCAGGCAUGAAUGGAUGAGUCUCAGAUUCCAGGACUUUGAGUCUGUGGAUGAAUAUCAUUUUGCUUUGUCCAAAAUCGUUUACAAACUGAGACUAUGUGGUGAAUUGGUAACAGAGGAGGAUUUACUGGAAAAGACCUUCCUCACAGCUGAUCCAAGAGAUCUAUUGUUACAACAUAUCUAUAGAGAAAGAGGUUUCACCACCUAUAAUGACAUGAUCUCUUGCCUAACGGUAAUUGAGAAUGAUAAGUUGCUAAAGAGAAGCAGUGAGAUGAGAUAUCCUGAAGCAAAUAAGACUGAUAUGGAUCAGGAUGAAUCCAAGGCAGUCGUGUCCAAUGUAACUGAUGGUGUGGCCGGCAUGUCUAUUGACUAA